GCCAUCUUAGAUCGAGUCGUUAAGAACACUAAGCGUGCAUAAAUAGUGCGUCGCGAUGUUCGAGCGUCGUGCUGCUGAUCGAUAUCGCCUACGGAUGCACCGGGCUCGCACGGUUGCGCUAACAACCGAUGAGAUCGUUGAAGUGCGGGCAGCUCAGCGAACAUUUGAGGGAGCCUAUGUCCGGACAGCAUUAUCACAAUUUUCGUUUGCCCUCGUUGUGCUCAAGAUUUUCACUAGCGAGUUCUACAGUACAGGGGCACUUUUCGCUAUCUACGGCACCGGUGUGCUCAUUAUUGGUCUCUUCCGCCGCCAACAAGGGAAUAGGCAAUUUUUCUCGGAGGUGGGGGAGGAUGGCAUCCACCGACACAAAUUUCGAACGAGCGGAAAUGCGGUGGUCGUACUGACGGCUCUGAGUGUUGCCGCAUACGCUACACUGAUUGCUCUCACUCUCAGGCUGGAUAAGUAG